CGGCGGCGGGCGCCAGCUCUCAGUGAGUGCGGGGAGCGGCAGCUGGCGGUGCGGCACCGGCGAGCGAUUCGAGUCCGGGCUCUGAUCCGGUCUCCAUGGCCGUCAGCUCCAGGCUCGGUGUCUUCCUGAAUCUGCGCGCCCUGUCCCGGGCUUAUAGCCUGUUGGUGGCCGGAGGCCGGAGCCCCUGCUUCCCCUCAGUAUCAGCGAAGGAGCCGCAGGCCCGGAGCGGGGCCUCGGCCUCGGGUACAGUCCGGGCCGGGCUCCAUCCCCGAUACUCGCAUCAGGACACAUUCCAACCUUUCCAAGACGAGGAUUAUCCCCCGCUUCCUGACUAUGUCCCAGCUCCAGUAGAAAUGGAGAGCAAUGUGUUUGUAGUGAGGGCUCGGGGCCUGCCGUGGUCCAGCUCUGCGGAAGAUGUGCUGGGGUUUUUCUCAGAUUGCGGUGUUGUGGAUGGUGUUAAAGGUGUGCACUUCCUGUGCAGCAGAGGUGGCAAGCCAAGUGGAGAAGCAAUUAUUGAACUCAAAUCUGCAGACGACAUGAAGAAGGCUCUGGAGAAGCACCGGAAGUACUUGGGGCAACGUUACAUUGAAGUGUUCGAACUAAGCAACAAUGACGUGAACACCCUUCUGAAACGCCUCCACUCUAGUGAAAAGGAACUAACUGAUGGAUGUGUUGUACGCCUGAGAGGACUGCCAUUUAGCUGCACCGCAGAGGAUGUUGCUCAUUUCUUUGCUGGGCUGGAGAUUGUAGAAGAUGGUGUAACUAUAACAAGAGAUUACCGUGGCAGGAAUACUGGGGAUGCUUUUGUCCAGUUUGCGUCUCAGGAAGUCGCAGAGCAGGCCCUGACUAAAGACCGACAGAUGAUGGGGUCCAGGUACAUUGAAAUAUUCCGGAGCACCAAGAAUGAUCUCCGUUUGUACAUCAGCCCCUCAAAGAAGCUUCCUCGAUGUCCCACAGCACGGGAAAUUGUAACAGAUGAUGAAAGCUGUACCGUAGCUAACAGUAACAGUAAUAACGGGGUUAUAGAAGAGAGAGUCCAGAAUGUGCAGCUAUCUACAAAUGACUUGGUAUCUAAUCACUGUGUUCAAAGAUCUGAAGUGCAUAAUGUUCAUAUGAGGGGCCUCCCAUUUCGUGUAACUGGACAGGAUGUUGUGAAAUUCUUCCAGCCACUGAGGCCAGUGCGCAUUAUUGUGGAAUAUGGCCCGGAUGGAAAUGCUACAGGAGAAGCAGACGUACAUUUUGCUACACAUGAUGAUGCUGUUGCUGCCAUGACGAAAGAUAAAUCACACAUGCAACACCGUUACAUAGAGCUUUACCUGAAUUCUUCGUGUGCUGGGAUUAACACCGGACAUAAUGACCAGGGAAAUCAACUAAAGGGUUCUGAAGCAAGUUAAAUAGUCACUGCUUUCAGAGUGUCACUUGCCUUGGAAAUGAAACUUUCUGAUUAAGCAGAUUAGCCAAACACUAGGAAAACUAAUAAAGAGAAAGUGGCACAGGAUUUCUCACAGCCGCAUCAAAACCUGACACGGCAAUUGUGGCGGACCCACUGACAGAUGAAUUGCAUUGAUAUCAAUAGCGGUAUGAGGGGAGAAUUGAGCUCCUUUUUUUGCUGUCCUAAUGUAGCCUGUAUUCGGAGAUAUGUGUCUUGUAACACGUUUUAAUGUUACAUUACCAGAUUAAAAAAAAUAAAUGCAGGUAUUUUAACAAGUUACAUGCUUAAAAUCUUGAGUGCAUGACUAUAUUGUGUGACUGGCAGCAAUGUAAAAUAACUCGGAUGAAAUUGUUAACUUCUAUAUCCAUAUUAUUGUGAACUAACACUUUUUAAUGUAUUGAAAUGUUCGUUGGACAGACUCAAGGGCUUAUUACGGCCUUAAUCUCUUCAUUUGGUUAGAAAAGGAACAAUGAAUUGGAUGUGAUUCCCUGUGAAAUAUCUUGCUUCUUUUUGAGUAACUGCAAGGUGCAGUGCACUGACUGAAAAAAAGUCCCUUACAGUGAUCGUUACAGUGAUCGUUUAGUCUUUCAAAAUCAAUUAACUAACAGAAAAAGGAAUUAAGUUUGUAAACAAUAAAAUGUUCACUGCGUUUGCAUUUAAAAAACACAAA